UUUCACUUUUCUUUUUCCCUUUUUACCCCUCUGCCCACUCAUUUCAUCAAAUCCCCAUAACCCCCCACCCCCUCUCUCUAUAUCUUUUCAUCUCUAUAUAAAUCUUCAAUCUUUUAACCUUUUCCUAUCUGGGUGUUCAUGGCAACUUAGAUUUGUUUUAGGGUUUGUUUUGUUUUUUUGAGCUGUGUAAUAUGGAGCACUAUCGCCACUUUGACAACGGUGACUCGGGCCAUUUGCCUCCUGGUUUUAGGUUUCACCCGACUGAUGAGGAGCUUAUCACGUACUAUCUCCUCAAGAAAGUUCUCGACAGUAACUUCACUGGUCGCGCCAUUGCUGAAGUGGAUCUUAACAAGUGUGAGCCGUGGGAGCUUCCUGAGCGAGCUAAAAUGGGGGAAAAAGAGUGGUAUUUCUUUAGCUUGCGCGAUAGGAAGUACCCAACUGGGCUCAGAACUAAUAGAGCAACUGAAGCUGGUUACUGGAAAGCUACUGGCAAAGAUCGAGAGAUUUAUAGUUCGAAGAGCUGUGCACUUGUUGGAAUGAAGAAAACUUUGGUUUUCUAUCGAGGAAGAGCUCCUAAAGGAGAGAAGAGUAAUUGGGUCAUGCAUGAGUAUCGGCUUGAAGGCAAAUUUGCCUACCAUUAUCUCUCUCGCACCUCUAAGGACGAGUGGGUGAUAUCUCGAGUGUUCCAGAAGAGUGGAGGAGGAGCCAGUGGUAGCAGUAACAGCAGCAGCAGUGCCACCAAGAAGAGCCGGUUCAAUGUCUACCCAGAAGUCAGCUCUCCUUCAUCAGUGUCAGUGUCUCUGCCGCCGCUUCUCGAUCCCACCUCCGCUCUCAAUGACCCAGACAGCUGCUCUUAUGACAGCCACUCCCAACAUGAGCACGUGUCCUGUUUCUCCACCAUUGCAGCCGCCGCCUCCGCCGCUGCUAACCACAACAACUUUGAUUUUUCUCCGCUGCUGCAGCAGCCACAGCCACCGCUCCCAGCCAUGACCGAUCCAUUCGGAAGGUACCAGCGAAACAUGGGCGUUUCCGCUUUCCCUAGCCUCAGGUCUCUUCAAGAAAAUCUCCAGCUACCAUUCUUCUUCCCAUCACCAACACCAGCCAUGGCCAAUCCUCCAUUCACCUCCGGUGGCACCACUGCCAUGAACUGGAUGACAAACACCGAAGACGCCGGAGGAGCCGCCAGUGGCGGUGGUAGUGGAAGGGUGGCAAUGGGCCCUACUGAACUUGACUGCAUGUGGACCUACUGAAUCUCUUAAUUAUUGUUAUGUAUUUAAUGAGUGAAUUAUUUAGGUUAUUUGUGUACUGCAUGUAUUAUUAGGGCUAGCUUUUGCUGCUUCUGCUGUAUUUGCAUGAUGUCUGUGUUAGGAUUUUGUGUUAAGUAUUAUUAUUAUGAUGAUGAUGAUGAUGACUUAAUUGCUCAGAAAGUGACUUUUGUAAUGUUAUGUUCUAUCUAUGAUAAUUUCUAGGUUUCUUUA